AUGGGCGCCUCAAAGCUCGCUCUGUCAGUGCCCAAAGAUGAGGCUGGCAAGUCUUGGCCGGCCAUCGCCGUGGGAGCUUUUGUCGCCUUCGGUGGCGUUCUCUUUGGAUACGACACCGGUACGAUUGGCGGCAUUUUAGCCAUGGACUACUGGAAGGAACUCUUCUCGACUGGUUACACCGACUCUCACGGCCAGCCUGAUGUUUCUCCCUCCCAGUCAUCCGCUAUUGUCUCCAUCCUCUCGGCAGGCACAUUUUUCGGCGCUCUAUGCUCCCCGUUCCUUGGAGACUAUAUUGGUCGUCGAUGGGCGCUUAUCGCAUCGUCGUGGGUGUUCAACUUUGGUGUCAUUCUUCAGACUGCGGCUGUCUCCAUCCCUCUCUUCUUGGCUGGUCGGUUCUUUGCUGGGUAUGGCGUCGGUCUGAUCUCAGCUUUAAUUCCGCUUUAUCAAUCCGAGACUGCCCCGAAAUGGAUCAGAGGCGCCAUAGUCGGUGCGUACCAGUUCUCCAUAACCAUCGGGCUUCUCCUGGCCGCCGUAGUCAACAACGCAACUCAAGGUCGAGAUGAUACUGGCUCAUACCGAAUUCCCAUUGCCGUCCAAUUUGCCUUCUCCAUCGUCCUGAUUGGAGGGAUGUUGGUCCUCCCUGAAACCCCUCGCUACUUCGUCAUGCGAGAUAAGAUCGAACAGGCCGCCCAGGCCCUGGCGAAGCUGAGGAGACUCGCUCCAGACCAUCCCGCCGUUCUGGAAGAGCUGAACGAGAUCAAAGCAAACCACGACUACGAAAAGAGUGUGAGCAAGGCGAGCUACCUGGACUGCUUCCGCGGCCCGAUCGCCAAGAGGCAGUGGACAGGCAUGGGUCUUCAGGCCCUGCAGCAGUUCACCGGAGUCAACUUUAUCUUCUACUACGGCACGCAGUACUUCAAGAACUCUGGCAUGGACGACUCCUUUAUAGUGCAGGUCAUCACCUCGUGCGUCAACGUGGGCUCAACGAUCCCAGGGCUCUACGCCAUCGAUAAGUGGGGACGCCGCCCGCUGCUAUUCUGGGGCGCGGUAGGCAUGUGCGUCUCGCAAUUCAUCGUCGCCAUGCUAGGCACCUUGACUACGUCUCAGGACAGUGCCGGUACUACCAUCGUGCACAACGUCGCGGCUCAGAAGGCUGGCAUUGCGUUUAUCUGCAUCUAUAUCUUCUUCUUCGCGUCGACCUGGGGACCUAUCGCUUGGGUUGUGACCGGUGAGAUCUUUCCGCUGCAGACACGCGCCAAGAGUCUUUCCAUCACAACCGCAACCAAUUGGCUCCUCAACUGGGCUCUCGCAUUUGCAACGCCUUACCUCGUCAAUUAUGGGCCAGGCAAUGCAAACCUCCAAUCCAAGAUCUUUUUCAUUUGGUUCGGCGCCUGUUUCAUCUGCGUUGCCUUUGUGUACUUCUUUAUCUAUGAAACCAAGGGGCUUACCUUGGAAGAAGUCGACGAGCUGUACAACGAAGUCGGCAGCGCUCGGAAGAGCGUUGGGUGGGAGCCUACCGUCACCUUUUUAGAGCGUGAGGUUGCCGCUGGCCAUGGACCGGCUCUUAGCCUGGACGACGAGAAGGCACAGGGCUAG